AUGUAUAAAAACAAUUCUAAGUCAAUAUCUCGUAUUCUAAAUGGGCAUGACGUUCUCUAUAGUUUGUUUCUCUUGGCUCUGGUUACAGAUAAAUGUUAUUCUUCUAAAACUGAUUUAAUGAAUGUUCGCUCCCAUCAUUUUAAAAAUAGCAGAAAAUUAAUAUCAAUAUCUGAUGGGGUUGCUAGCAAUGUCUUUAAUGUUGAAGAUUUUGGAGCAUUGGGUGAUGGAAAUCAGGACAACACACAGGAAUUUGCAGCUGCAUGGAAUGCAGCUUGUAUCUCAUACUCUGCAACAAUGGUUGUGCCCAGCGAUAAGACUUUUCUUGUUAACAAUAUCGUUUUCAAAGGACCCUGUGUUCCUGGUUUCACUUUUCAGAUAGAUGGAACCAUACUUGCACAUAGAAAUCCAGAAAGAUGGAACAAUACAUAUAUGUGGUUAGCAUUUCAACAGCUGCAAAACUUUACACUAACUGGGGUUGGCUCCAUUAAUGGCCAAGGAGAUCUGUGGUGGCAAGAUUGCAAUGUGUCUUGUAUUUAUCAGCAAAGACCCAUUGCUGUGCAGUUUUUUCGGAACUGCAAUGUUACAGUCAGUGGAUUGACAAUUAAAAACAGUCCACUUGCUCAUUUGACUUUCGAUGAUUGUGAAAAUAUAAAAGUUCAUGACAUUAAAAUCAGCUCACCUGGAGACAGUCGGAACACUGAUGGAAUUGAUGUGGGCAGCUCUAAAAAUUUUGCAAUAACUGACAGCAUUAUCGUUGCAGGAGAUGACUGCAUCGCUUUUGGCAAUGGGUGCUCGGAAAUGUUAGUAAGGAAUCUGACAUGCGGUCCAGGCCAUGGUAUAAGCAUUGGAAGCCUAGGGAAAUAUAACUCAGCAGCCAAUGUUUCUAAUAUAACAGUAGAGGGUGCUAAGUUGACAGGAACAAUGAAUGGAGCAAGAAUCAAAACAUGGCAGGGUGGUUCAGGAACUGUAAGCAAUAUAAAAUUUAAGAACAUUGAAAUGGUAUAUGUGAGCAACCCAAUUAUAAUUGAUCAAUACUAUUGUGCAAGUUCGACACCAAUGUAUUGCACAAAUCAGACCUCUGCUGUGCAAAUCAGCAAUGUCAGAUUUGAAAACAUUUAUGGUAUAUCAUUAACACCAGCAGCAGUGAAGUUUGCAUGCAGCGACACUGUAGCAUGUACUGACAUAAUCUUGAGUAAUAUAUACUUGAAACUCGAAUCACAUGAUGAAGCUUACUCUUUCUGUGAAAAUGCAUAUGGACAGAUCAGGGAAAAUGUAGAUCCUCCAAGUUGUCUGAAAAGUGACAUUUUUUUGGCCGAGUAG